UGUCCGUCGUACCGAAUUGAUUUAAACCUUAAAAAAUAUAAAAAUAUCAACAUAGUACAGACGAGUUGAGGGCGCAAUGUCAAAGUUGUUAUUUAAUUGUUUUGGUUUAUUAUAACAUACAUUGACCGUAUUCCGGUAACUAUAGGUGUAUGCUGUAUUCUUUACACAUUAUGCAUUGUGACUUGUCAAAAUCGUGAGUUAACAUGGACUGGACAGUGGUUUACAUAAAUACAUUUCACUUACUUAAUUGAUUUUAUUAAUAAACAUAAGUCUGAAAAGAAAAUUUAAGUCAGAAGACAGUUUAUAUUUUUAUAAACGUAACUGUGAGUUCACGUGUUUGAUAAACGUUUAUUUUUGAAAUACUCAUAGCCUAAUUUAAUUCAAGGGUUAUUUUAGGUUAAGUCUAACCAUGAAAUGUUGGGUUUUGGCAAUUCGUAGUUUCCGGAGUCGUUGUUUUCUAUAUAUCGUAACUGUUUUGUUUAUUAUCUAUCUAUUUAAAGUAUUUCAAAGCAAAAAAUCUCUUAACUUUAAAUCAAUAUUUUAUAAUUUUCCAUUCUUGGAUGGUUCACGAUUCUUCUUCCGCCAUUCACAUGGGAAUAAAAGUAAAUUUAUCCCUGGUAAAUUCCUAAGGACCUUAACUCCUUCAAAUGAAAGUUAUUGUAGUUUUCGUCUUGGAUUUCCUGAUUUUUUUGAUUUGUCUGAUAGUGAGAUUGAUUUAAGUCCAGAACUAGGAGAACAGGGGUCUUACAGAGUGAUUUAUAAUGUACUUCAAGGUACAUGGAUCAAGAAUCAAACCAAUAACAUAACAUAUUGUUCUCAUCUAACUCCAGACUUUUUGUAUUAUCUGGUGGAAAUUGUUAUUAGGUGGGAAGGGCCUAUCAGCAUAGCUGCAUUUGUUCCUAGCUAUGAUGCAUCUAUAACAUUGUGUCUUUUACAAAGAUUGUGUUUCUGUGUUCCUGAAAUGUCAAAAGUGUCCUUGCAUUUUGUAUUUCCAUUAGAAUACCCACCAGAUCAUCUAGCUUGUGACUCUGUGUUAUCAAUUCCUCCAGGAUGUGCCAUCCCUAAUAUUAUAUUAAACAAAAGACUUAUUACGUUUAGAAAUAAAGAAGAGCUUACAUAUCCAGUAAACGUUGCAAGAAAUGUUGCUAGAAUUAGUGCAAAUACAAAAUUUGUGUUGGUAUCUGACAUAGAACUGAUUCCUAGCAAAAAUCUAGUAUCCCGAUUCCACAAAAUGGUACCAAAAUUGCAUUUAAAAAUUAAUAGUGGGAAGACCUUCAUGAGACGUUUGGUGUACGUAUUACCUGUUUUUGAAAUAGAAGAUUACAUCAGUAAUAUCCCAGAGAAAAAAUCUGAGUUGCUGGAUCUAUAUUCACAAAACAAAGCAAUUUAUUUUCAUCGUUGGAUAUGCUUGCAUUGUCAGAGGUUUCCUGGACUUCAAAGAUGGAUUCAUCAAACAAGUUAUGCAACAGAUAAUUCAAUACAGCCGAUGUUGGUUGUGCGAAGAGAAUUCCCAUAUCACCGCUGGGAGCCUAUCUACAUAGGUACGAAUCAGGAACCUCUCUACAGUGAGCUACUCAGUUGGGAGGGCAAACAGGAUAAGAUGAUUCAGAUGCAUGAGAUGUGUCUAUUGGGAUACCAUUUUGUCAUCUUGGAUGGUGCCUUCCUGGUGCAUGCACCUGGCAUCAAGCGGCGGUCCGGUACAAGUCGAGACACAUCAGACGUCCAGACAGCGUACCACUACAAUAACAUGCGACAUUACGAUGAAAUCAUGCGACGAGUUACUCAACAGCUGGGCUCCAAGCAGGGCUGCAAGACACACUAGCAGAUAACACAAGCUGGGCAGAUAUCCAGAACCAAGCAUCCGCACCUUCCAGAGUUAAAAAAACCAGGAGGAAGAGGAUACCAUAAAAUGUUUAUCGGGAGGGUUUAUGAGAAUCAGAAAAAAAACAAACAAGCAAGCAAUGCGAGUACAUACAGUGAA